CUGGCAAUACAGCAUGAUCUCGAUUUCCGGAACUGACAGGAGCUGCCAUCCGAUUGACAGUCAAAAAAAAUGCCCGAGACUACGGAAAAUGCGGAUAGACGCUCAGAUUAUGUGGGUAAUUAUUGUGUUUGCCUCGCUCGUCCUGCCCACCACCACAGGCGGUCGCUAUCGAACGCGCCGAAAACGCCUGCAGCCGCAGGAUGUGCAGCUAAUGGCUAGAUUAUCGGGCGGAGAAGGACCAGGAUGCGGUGCGGCCAGUGGGGAAACGAAAAAGCCAUCCCGGCCUCCAGUCAGUGCCAAGCAGAGGGCUUCCGGCAUUGCCAUGCAGGCGGCCAACGAGGCGAAGAAGGCCAACGAGGACAUGGCCACGGCCGUUAAAGUCGCCGCCGAUAAGAUCAAAACCGAAUACGCCGACAAGGCAACGGCUGCCGCAAAGGCUGCCGAAGCCGUGCUUUCGGGAAAGGCUCAGGUUUUGGAACAACUGGAGGCGGAGGUUCGCGAAGCGGAAUCGGUGGUGCAGGAGGAGAACCAGGAGUUCAUAACCGCCGAUGCAAAUGCCCAGCUGGCCAUAAAAGCCCACAAGUUGGGCCAAGAGGAGCUAAAGAUGAUGACAAUGGCCCUGAGAAUGGCCAAGGAGAACCGCGACACCUCGGAUCAAGUAUACGUCGUGUGGCAGCAGUCGCUGGCCGACAAGACCGCUCUUCUCGAAGCCGCCCAGCGGAGGGUCGGUGUCCUGAUGCGACAGCUGAGCGAGGCCAGGAUGGACUACGAGAAGACCAAGAAGGCGGCACUGAACGCAGCCAGAGCCGCCGAAGAAGCCAAGCAUCGGAUCGAGCAAUUGGAUCCCAAUAGUAGUUGCAACCAAAGAAUUAGGCGGUGGCAACACAGAGAAGGCCACUAAUACCACACAAUAUAUAUUUUAGAUUAAAGAGAACACGAUAAUUAGCUUUGAA